AUGCCCAACCGUUGCGACUUUUGUACCAGCAGUUCCACCAAGGAUAAACAGCAGUGGACACAAUGCGAUGGCUGUGAUAGAUGGGUACAUGACGUGUGCGUCAGCAUAACAGACCCCGUAUCCUACGCCAAGUACCAUUGUCCAACAUGCACGAAGACAAAGGGCCCAUCCCUCUACAAACGUCAGUCUAAACGAAAGAAAAUCGACAUCGACUACGCGGCUAUGCAUUCUGGCAAUGUUGACAUGAGUUUAAGAACUCGCCACGUCCACAGCUCGCGGUUUACAGACGUCGCUGCUUCAGCGCAAAACAAGGAACCUUUCAAACGGGUUUCAGGCACAGAAUUGACUUUGGAUUGGGCACAGAGCUCAGAUGGCCUCAAUGAGCCUGUCAUCGUUCCCAAAGAGUACAAGGACACCCUUGGUAUGUAUAUCCCAGAAGAUCUUACCGUCAGACAAGUAGCGGAGGCUGUGGGUAUGGAGUCUCCUGUUGAGGUCAUCAAUGUGGUGUCUCAGAAUGGAUCUCCAGGAUGGAACAUGGGGAAGUGGACAGAGUACUACGAAGAUAUUGAAGGUCGGGACACGAUUCUCAAUGUCAUAUCACUCGAGAUCAGUGCCUCCGCGCUAGGCAAGACCAUUGUUCGUCCUACCCUGGUCCGUGAACUGGAUUUGGUGGAUAGGGUAUGGCCGACAAACACUGACGCUGCUAGGGAAUCCAAACCUCGAGUGUCUCUGUACGCCUUAAUGAGCGUGGAGGACUCCUUCACAGACUUCCAUAUCGACUUUGCAGGCUCCUCUGUGUUCUACCAUGUUCUCAAAGGGCGGAAAUCUUUCAUGUUCAUUCGACCAACAGCGCGAAACCUUGCAGCGUACUCCCAAUGGUGUCUCUCCGCUGACCAGAAUGUGGUAUUUCUGCCUGAUGUCUUGUCUCCUGACUCCGACAUUUACACCGUUCAUCUGUCGCCUGGUGAUACCAUGUACAUUCCAUCUGGUUGGAUCCACGCAGUUCAUUCCCCUCAGGACUCUCUAGUGGUCGGUGGAAACUUCAUCACUCCUCUAAACAUGAAGACUCAGAUUGAUAUCGCUGGCAUUGAGGUCAGAACGAAGGUUCCCAUGAAGUUCAGAUACCCGUUGUUUGCUGGUGUCAUGUGGUACUACGUGCUUCAGCUUUUGGCAAACCCCGAACGUCUUAACACUAUGUCUACCAAGGAGCGUGAUGGGUUAAAUUCUGUAGCUGAAUACCUUAGUGGAUUCAUCAAAACAAUGUCCCCUACGAUGAAGGAUGUUCAAUACCGACGCUUCGUUGCGAACUUUCCAAUGGAGAUUCGUCCGUUUCCUGGUAAGACCCUAUUGGACUACUGUGCGAUGUUAGACUUCUACCCCAAAGGAGUUCAAGAAACUGUCGACAUUGAUAUUAGGAAGAAGAAAGGAGAGUCAAAAGAGAAACACAAGAUCGAAUCCCAAUUACCUGAAGAGAAGAUUUUACAAGGAUCUAAACUGGAGUCCAAGGAGGAAGUCCAGACUGAAAACUUCUGA